AUGGGGUUUUCCGAUACACAGACACUCUCCUACAACUGUGUGAAACACCGAAACAGGUCGCUGCUGAUUAACACGAAUGCUGAACCUGCCCUGCCUGUGGAAUGUGCAAGCAACGGAGCACCAACUGAAAACGGUGGUGCCACUGCUGACUGCAAGGUGUCUUCGGAGAGCCAUGGUGGCCUGCAAGAGGAGCAGGAAGAUGAUGGAGGGAAAGGAAGCGCUUCUGAGGCAACCGAGGGCAAUGCCGCCAUGCCGACAGAAACUCUAGCAUGUGCAACAGCAGCAAAUUCUGCAGCGCCUGUACUAGAAGCGGGCAAGCCGAAAGAAGGUGCUGAAGGAGCACCUCCAGAGGUAGAAGAAGCGGCCGAGGGCGGCGACGACGAGAAGAGCAAGGGCUUGGACGACGAGAACGAGAAGCUGAAGGAGAUGCUGCAGAAGCUCCUCGCCUCCGGCAACGACCAGAUGGGGGUCAUCGCGGAGCUGAGCGACAAGGUGAGGUCGCUGGAGAGGAAGCUCGCGGUGCACAAGAGGAGGAGGAGGCCCAAGGUGAGAGUGCAGCAACGUCCACUGAAGAAUGACCACACUUGA